GCUCAAAGACACGUGUUUUUGAGAGCAAAGUAAAUGCGUAAAGGGUUAAUGAUCAGCUCCACAGUCAGACAGACUAGCUCUCCGCUCCCUGUGGUCGCGCUCCGCGGGCAGCGCUGGCUCACUCGGAUAUUUCAGCUCGCUGUGGAUUGUGGGAGUCAGGGACACUGCCCAGGCUCGUUACCGGAGAACGGGAGAAAAAAUUCCGCCGUCCGCCUGUUUUAGUCCGACACUGGUUGCACUCUCAGCACCAUGUCCAGCCGAGGAGGAAAGAAAAAGUCCACCAAGACGUCCCGGUCCACCAAGGCCGGGGUCAUCUUCCCCGUGGGGCGCAUGCUGCGCUACAUCAAGAGGGGGCUGCCCAAGUACCGCAUCGGGGUGGGAGCGCCCGUUUACCUGGCUGCCGUCCUCGAGUAUCUCACUGCUGAGAUCCUGGAGCUGGCCGGUAAUGCAGCCAGAGACAAUAAAAAGGGCCGCGUAACGCCGCGACACAUCCUGCUGGCCAUCGCCAACGACGAGGAGCUGAACCAGCUGCUGAAAGGCGUGACCAUUGCGGCCGGUGGAGUCCUCCCCAACAUCCAUCCAGAGCUGCUGGCCAAGAAGAGAGGCGCAAAGGGCAAACUGGAGGCGCCCGUCUCGCCCGCCCCUGAGAAGAAACCCAAGUCGGUGAAGAAAGCGCCGGCUAAGAAAACGAGCGGGAAGAAGGCGGGAGGAAAAGCCAAGAAACAGGGUGAGGUGAGCAAGGCGGCGUCUGCAGACAGCACCACAGAGGGAUCUCCAGCCGACAGCUUCACCGUGCUCUCCACCAAGAGCCUCUUCCUGGGCCAAAAGCUCAACCUCAUCCACAGCGAGGUCAGUAACUUGGCUGGCUUUGACGUGGAGGGGGUCAUCAACCCCACCAACGCUGAACUCGAACUUAAAGACGAUCUAGGCUCCGCUCUGGAAAAAAAGGGAGGGAAGGAGUUCACUGAUGCGGUGCAGGAGCUGAAGAAGAAGAACGGCCCUCUGGAGGUGGCUGGAGCCGUGCUGACCUCCGGCUUCGGUCUACCCGCCAAGUACGUCAUCCACUGUAACAGUCCGGGCUGGGGCUCCGAUAAGUGCGAGGAGAUGCUGGACAAGACGGUGAAGAACUGCCUGGCCCUGGCAGACGAGAAGAAGCUCAAGUCUGUGGCCUUCCCCUCCAUCGGCAGUGGAAGGAACGGUUUCCCGAAGCAGACGGCGGCCCAGCUCAUCCUCAAGGCCAUCUCCAGCUACUUCGUGGCCACCAUGUCUUCCACCAUCAAGACCGUCUACUUCGUGCUGUUCGACAGCGAGAGCAUCGGGAUCUACGUGCAGGAAAUGGCCAAGCUGGAGACGAGCUAAAAGUACGAAAUACUGGCCCCCACGUCCCCUCGUCCCCGCCCUGUGUUUUUUUCCUUCGAGGAAAGAGGAAGGUGUUUACUAGUGAUUUGUUAAAUAUGAAGAGAUGAAGAAGAAUCUUUCUUAAAAAAAAAAAAAAAGGCCGGGAACUUGCUUUUGCAUUAUGUUUGUACUUUUACUAUAUUGUUUUUAAUUUCUUAUUUACCUGUCACCUCUGGCAUUUAAAUGUAGACGUGCACUGUUUCAUUCGUUCAUUCAUUCAUUCAUCCAUUCAUUCUGCGGUCUUUGAAUACACACAGUGCCACACAAACAAGAAUCAACAAGCGAGAGGACUCAAGGUUUCAUUUUUCAGGUCAUGUGCAGUAAAAAGGUGGGAGACAUGGCUUCACCUCAACGACACGGCUUCCACAGAAGUCAGAUAAAUACGGGUUAAUGCAUGUUAAAAGCAGUGAAGAUAUAUAAAAAAAAACAGCUGUUCUCUUUCUUUUCAGUUAAUUCACUUAAUUGUGUGUUUCUCGGUAUUAAUUUUGCAUUUUGGAUAAUCUCAGUUGUUUUAGUACUGUAUAAAAAAAAAAAGAAGGAAAGUUUGGUCUUCAGAUUAAUGGAAAUUUAGUUUUUGUGUUGUGUGUUACAAAUUCCUAUUUUUGUGCUGCAAACACCUUUAAUUUCCAAAACAGCAAAAAUUUGAUUGGGGUGGAGAAAUCUAAGAAGAAGUACUAGUGCUAUGAGCUUUUACAGUUGAGGACUGAGGACCUGCUGGUUUUUAUUUACAGUACAGUUUAUGAGUACGAACUGGAGAUUGAAGUUUUGUUUUUUUGUUUUUUUUGUUUUUUUUGCAGGGCACUUAUGAUUUCUAUUGUGUGUUCUUAUAAAUGUUUAUAUCGAUGGAGUAUUUGUGACAUGUUAUAGUAAAAUAUUGGACUGUAACAUAGAUUUUAUUUUCUAUUUUAAUUUUCACACUGAUUCUAAACGGCACAAGAUUUGGUAGGAGAAAAAAAAAAAGAUGUCUUUUUUUUGUGCGUGUGUGUGUGUGUUUUGUCUUUGUUAAGCCAUAAAAGAAAUGUGGUCAUUUUUCGCUGGAGGCUCUCUGCUGUCGCUUUUGGUUUGCUCGUCCACUCAGCUGCCACCAGAUGGCUCCCUGUAAUCAAGAAUUGGAUUUUUUCUUUUUUUUUUUUUUUUAUCUCAGCCAUUUUCUGUGCAGCAGCAGCAGCAGACCUCUUCACGCAGAAGCUGGGCCGAUUUGAGUUGGAUUUGAAUUGGGACUGAUGGACGUAUACGCGGAACCCGGCUGCUCUGCCGCAUUUGGACUUUUCAAAAGCCUAACUUUUCUUAUGAGAAAAAAAAAAAAAAAAAAGUAAAACGCUUUCUAGAGAAUUGCUACAAUUAAUGAUUCUACAAAAAGUCUGUACACACUCCGGUAAUAAAAUACCUUUAAAAAAUCA